GUCUCUGAUAGGCCGGUUGCGUCAGCGGCGCCUUGAAGGAGGUGACUAAACGAGGUCAAAAUCUGUGGGAACUGAUGAACGGCACGAUUUUACUACAUCAAAUGGAACCAUGGGGAAACUCAGGAGUCACUGCGAGGGGCCAUGAGAGGCAGGGGGCUCCAAUCUUCAGCUGAGAGGCCCAAGGAGAUCACCGGAUAUACAGUGAAUGAAAACAUCAUGAAGCUUACAUGGCGCUGGGUAUCUCACAGGCGGGUGUUGGUGGCACUCUUUUUGAGUUUGGGGAUGAUUUUUCUGUCGCUGCUCCAGACGAGGCCAGAGCAACCUGUUGAGAGGCACGUCAGCCCUGCACAUAAACAGCUGGUGCAUAAGUACGUGCACAGUGUCCUGGAGGGUCAAUGUCGCCCCAGAGACAGCAGAGAGAAGCUGCUUGCUCACUUCCUGUCUUCCAGCGAAGCCAUCCAUCCCUUCCUGUGGAACGAUGAGCAACUCUCUGACGAUCUCUUCCUCCACCCGCCGCCAUUUGGCUUCAAAGGUCUUAAUGUCAAAGUACAGGAGCUGCUGAAGCUGCUGCCAGCUCCCGACUCUGGUACCCUACCAGAGAACGUAUCUGGUAAAUGUCAGCGCUGUGUGGUUAUAGGAAAUGGGGGCAUACUGAAGGGCUUGGAGCUCGGUCAGCUGAUUGAUCGUUUUGACACCAUAAUCAGGUUAAACAGUGGCCCUCUGGGAGAGUUCAGCACCGAUGUUGGAAAUCGAACUUCCAUAAGAAUGAGUUAUCCUGAGGGCACGCCUCUCCACUGGGCUGACACAGACCCUCAUGUUGUAUUUGUAGCAGUGGUGUAUAAAACGGUUGACCUCAGCUGGAUUUCAGCGAUGAUCAAGAAGCUCAGAGUGCCUCUGUGGGACUGGUUCUUCUUCUGGCAAAGGGUUCCAAAGAAAAUUCCUAUAGAUCCUUCAAGAUUCCGACUUCUCAACCCUCACGUCAUCAGAGAGACUGCCUUUGGCUUCCUGAAAUACCCUCAGCCCAGGCAGCACCUGUGGGGGUGGGAUCAGAAUGUACCAACACUGGGAGUGUCCGCACUGAACUUAGCCAGCCUGCUGUGUGACGAGGUCAGCCUGGUGGGCUUCGGCUACAACCUGUCCCAGCAGGGAGUGCCGUUGCACUACUAUGACCACCUGCCUAUGACCGUCAUGCAGCAGCAAAAGAUGCACAACGUGGGCAAAGAGACUCAACUCCUUCACAAGCUUGUGAAAGAGGGAGUCAUUACUGACCUGACUGGAGGAAUCCACUGUUCUUUCUGCCCCAGCUGAACCCAUCCUGGAGGUAUUCUACUGCACCUCAAGCUCUUAUUUUGAAAAGACUGACCCGAGGAAAGGCAGGAGCAAAGGAUGAAGGAGCUAGAUGUAGGAUGGAAACAAAUGUGCAUUGAAACAAAUGUAAAGGACCAUCUUGGCAAAAAGACUGCUGGGAUUUUUAUGAAUCCAAGCAUUCUUCUUGAGGCAGCAAUAGUAAAGCAACACCUGCUUGCCUUUUAGUGUUUAGUGUUGUGUAAAUGUGCAGCAGCAGCAUCUUUCUCACACAUCCUGCUAUGUUCUGUCAAUAUGAAGCUGCUGAAUAUUAGGAAUCCAUUCUAGUAUUGCAUUUCUCACACAUUUCAGUAUAAGAUGUCUGCACAGCUUUUACUCCUAAAAAAGUAUUAUGGUUUUUGUAACAGCGAACUGAGCUGGUCUGGGUCUUGCCUGAUCAUUUGUCAGGUGAGGGCCGGCGGCUUUGUGGCUUUUCAUUUAUAUUGGCAGUUGAGGCAAAUUAUUUUGUGUUAUGAUCACAGUAUAUAAUUCUGCUGUAUUUAAGGUAUUUUUGAAGCUGGCUUCAAAUAGUUUCACGUUUUAAGUUUUACAAACUGUUAAAUUGACCAUUUUCUGUAUUUCUUUCAAAUUGUCUUCUACAGCAAUCAAUACUGAAGUCAUAUUUAUGCUAGUAACAUUACAACUUCAAAAUUACAAAUUGUUUUUGUUUGUGAUGAAAAGGACUAAAGCACUUUGUGUUCAACAUUGACUUUGAAAUAAAAUAUAAAAAUAUAGAUGACUACAAGUCAAA